GCAACAACCUGUAACAGGCUCAGCGAUCCUCCCCCCUGAUGGAUUAUUUAACAGGCGCUGAGUCCCAUGUCGCCAUCUGCUAUAGGAAGAAAAACACUGCGGAAUAUUCUCUGAGGUACACGAUACACGUUACUAAAGAGGGGGAAUAAACAAAGUGAGCAAAACUAGUUUACUGAAAGGCAUUAACUAAACGUGUGCAACAGGUGUUUAUAGCCUCUUGCGGGCGUCAGAGAGAAGAGGAGAACUGAGCCACAGCAAAAGACAGAAAGCAGGUUAGUUUAAAAAAAAAAAAAAAAAAGAGUUUUAUUUCAAUAUGUAAGAGGUAUCAACCAUAUAAUGUAUAUGAAGGGAAACGGAUCUCGCUUUUGUUUUGGAUCUGGGAGGAUGUGGACCGACUGAGUGUUCCCACAGAACUAACCGGGUGACUGAAAUGAUCUGAAGCUCUGCGAGUACGAUGCUGACCCCGUUAGCACGGUGAAGUGAUCGGGCUCAACGCACACAACCAAGGGAAGGAGUCGCUCCAUCUACAGCAGCGAUGGUGGUGGAGGGGGACAAGACGCUGCUCGCCGCAAGGCAGGGGGACGUGCAGGCUCUCAAAGUGCAAUUAACGCAAAAAGCUCUCAGCAACGAGGUCAAGGAUGUGCUGGGGGCUACACCAGUCCACCACGCAGCCCGGGCCGGGAAACUCACCUGCCUGCGUUUCCUGGUGGAGGAGGCAGGACUGCCGGGGAACUGCCUGGCUAACAACGGGGCCAGCCCGGCGCAUGACGCAGCAGCCACCGGCAACCUGGCCUGCUUACAGUGGCUGCUGACCCAGGGUGGAUGUCGGCCAGAGCACAGGGACAGUUCUGGUGCCACCGUUCUCCACCUUGCAUCUCGCUUCAGUCACCAUGAGGUCACUGACUGGCUGCUGAAGAGUGGCGAGGUGGACCCCGGGGCCUCCACCGAUACAGGCGCCCUACCUGUUCACUACGCUGCUGCCAAGGGGGACCUGCCCUCUCUCCGACUGUUACUGGGACACAGCCCAAAUGUUGUCAACUCCCAAACUAAGAAUGGUGCCACACCGGUCUACCUGGCCUGCCAGGAGGGUCAUCUGGAGGUCGUCCAAUACCUGGUGAAGGAUUGUGGGGCGGAUCCGAGCAUCAGAGCCAAUGAUGGGAUGACACCUCUGCAUGCUGCUGCCCAGAUGGGCCACAACACGGUCAUCGUCUGGCUGAUGAGUUUCACAGAGAUCAGCCUGAUAGACAAGGACAGUGACGGGGCCACAGGCAUGCACUUUGCUGCCAGUCGUGGCCACUCAAAAGUGCUCAGUUGGCUGCUACUGCACGGCGGAGAGAUUGUCACCGACAACUGGGGAGGAACCCCGCUUCAUGACGCUGCAGAGAACGGAGAACUAGAGUGCUGUCAGAUCCUUGUGGUCAAUGGGGUGGACCUGGGCAUCAAGGACCAGGACGGCUUCACAGCAGCAGACCUGGCUGAAUACAACGGCCACUCCCAGUGUGCCAAGUAUCUGCGCACUGUGGAGAACAUGAGUGUGGAGCACCGUGUUUUGUCUCGGGACCCCUCAGUGGACCUCGAGUACAAGCAGCCGGACUCGGGCCUCUCGUCCCCGAACACCACCAUGCCCCCUGCUAGCCAGGCGGCACACUUUGAAAUCAGUUCACCAUCCAGUUCCCUGUCCAACUACGACUCUGCCAACUCAAGUCAAUCCAGUACUGGGGAGAAAAGGAGCAGCUUAACAAUUUCACGAGGCCCGCCCACUCAGCUGAACACAAUCGCACACACAGGUGCAUCAGAGUCAGCCAUUUCUGACAUGCAGGCAUAUAUGGACAUGCUAAAUCCAGACAUUGGCUCUGACACACCCAAGAAGAAGGAUACACCGAGUGAUGAUACAGAGUCCAAGCCCCCGCCACCACCAGCCUAUCCACCCCCACCCCCACCUCCGCCACAGUGUCCCCCAGCUCCCCCUCCACCCCCGGGUUACCCGGCGCCAGAGCCACCUCAGGAGCCGACGUCAGCUGAGUUUUUGAAGGUGAAAAGCAACUUAAGACACGUGGAGAGCAACACCGGCAAGACAAAGCUGUCUCCUGGAGAACACCACGACAAACUGCGGCGUGUUGAUUCAAACAGGAAGUCAAGGAGCUUCAGCAAACAGCCCAGCACUGGGGACUACUAUAAGACCCUGGGCAGCGACGCGGCCGAGCCCCGAGGGAUCAAAGGCAUGGCGCCCAACGAGGAGGGCUCUGUGUUAUUGGAGGAGCCGACCGAUAGCCCCACCCACAGCUCAGAGAAUGGCACCACAGAGGAAUCAAUUCCACCACCACCUCCUCCACCGCCACCUCCUCUUCCCUCAAGCAACCCGACGCCAACACCACCUCCACCUCCUCCAUUGCCCCCGGAGACGCCAGCCACCCAGAAUUACUCUGCCAGCGGCACCUCGACCAACCAGCGACGCCCAUCUUCCUCAUCAGGAAGCACAAAAUCUUUCAACAUGAUGUCCCCCACUGGUGACAACUCAGAGCUGCUGGCAGAGAUCAAAGCAGGGAAGAGCCUCAAGCCAACACCUCACAGUAAAGGCUACACCACUGUCUUUUCCAGCAGCGGACCCACAGGCAAUGAAAACACUGCAUCUCCACCAGAGACCCGGACAUCUAGCCCACCAGCCAAGCCAUCAUCUCCUCCACCAUCAAAUACAUCUAUCACCUCCCCACCAGCCACACCUAGUCCAAGCCCCAGUCCUACUGGCUCUGGAUCUGCCAGGACCAUGUCAACCUCUGCAAGCUACGAGCAACUGCCCUCCAACUCUGUGAUCAAUGGGAACAGUGGCGGUAUGGCAGGAGCAGGGUCAGGGCGAAAGAUGAGCCUUGCAGAUGUGGAGGCACUAGUGCCGACUCAUGACGAACAGGGAAAAGCCAUCCCUGAAUGGAAGAGGCAGGUGAUGGUGCGAAAGCUUCAGGUCAAGAUGCAAGAGGAGGAGGACCACAAACGCAAGGUUGAUGAGGAAACUGCACGCCUGGCAUCAAUGCCGGCCUGGAGGAGAGACAUGAUGAAGAAGAAAAUGGACGAUGAGAGAUGUGGCAGGGAACAAAAAAGAAAAAUUGAGCAGGAGGCCAAACAGGUCAAGGAGAUGGAGGAGAAGACGGAGCAGGAGCGACUACGGAAACUGGGCUACGAUGAGUCCAAGCUGGCCCCCUGGCAGCGACAGAUCAUAUUGAAGAAAGGGGAUAUAGCCAAACAGUGAACUGGGCCAUUUCCCCCUCCUUACUCUCCUCACCCUAAGACACCAACCCCAAGGCCUUCACUGAACACAUCCCCAUCCCUGAUCCUCCAGCCUGCACUGUACACUGGAGAGAGGUGAAGAGCUUGUCUCCUCUGUACCCUGUCUCACUCUUCGACCUCCAGGAACACAGGACCAUGCUGUGGUUGCUGCUGUCCACACUGGCUUUGAGGCUCAGCUUUGCGGGCGAGCCCUGCCACCUCUAAUUGAAAGUCUCAUGGACAUAAACUCUUGGUCUUUUAGUGCUAACAACAGCUAUAACAUGCACUGAUUUUCCUCACUUAAGACAUUGGAAUGCAUGAGUCCUAACUAAAUUAGGAUUUUCAUUUUUAAGUAUCUAUCUACCUGCUUUUCUGCAAAUCAAUAGAAGCAAUUUCACAUAGAAGAUUUACUCAAACAAACAGGUUUUUGAUUGAUAGAAAUGGGAUAUUUUUGCCAUGGGGAAAAAGCCUGUCAUUGCAUGUAUAUUUCCCCUUUAUUAGCCACACUCACCAAUACACAAUGAAUGGAAAUGUAUCUCAAUAACAUCAUCUGAAGAUGACGUGGAAAUACUCCACAAAUGCUUGUUAAACCAUGAAGCAGCUAACGCAUUCUUUAUGUAGACAGUAUCACAUCUUUAUCAUGAUAUAUACUUAGUCAUGAGAUUUUAGUAUCAAGCUGAUAGAAGCACUUUCUAAAUGGUUUUAUUUUACUGCCAGAGUUUAAAUCCUAACACUGCUCAAACUAAUCUGUUUAUUUAGAUAAGCUUGUUGUCACUUCUCUGUGGAUUUGGAAUACUGAUAUAUAUCAUAUCUUAAAUAAUGUAAAGAUUAUGUAGCUGUGCAAAUUGAAUUUUACUAAUUAUCCACUGAAGAAAAAGCUGCAAUGUUUCAAUUUAUUUUUUCUAUAUAUGACCUAAAUGUUAAGCCAUUGUGAUCAUGAAUGUGAAAUGUUGCGUGCAUGUGUUGCAUAAUGUGUAUCGAGCAAGUUGUGAUGUAUAAUUAAGCUCAUUUGACCCUAGAUUUUAAGUGAAAACAUAAAAGUAAAACAAAGACACACAAUGUAAGUACAUACAACCCUGCUAGGUUUCUAUUUAAACAUGGCCUUUAAAAAAAAACAUGCACAUGUGAAAAGCAGCAUCUUAAAUCAGACUCAUCUUCUCACUGAAUAUUGCAAAUAUAGAGAAAAGACAUUAGUUUGUCCUGUGUCCUGCUCUGGCCUUCGUCCUACUAACCUGGGGGAUAAAUAUUUGAUGAGCAGCUCUGCUUACAGAAAACAGAGUGCUUUCUGUCUGCCAGAAACAGCCGCAACACAAAAAAUGUACUGCUCCUUUGAUAAUUUUAGCUGUGUAUUCAUAAUCUGCAACUGCUAGUGUGAACAGACCAGUUUCAGUGUCUUUGACUCAAACAUCAGAUUAUAGAUACGAUUGACAAGAUUUAUGCAACGAACUGUAUAAUUCACAUUCACACAGAUAACAGGUUGAUAAUCAUACAGGUAAUUAAAUUCUGGUUUUCAGUUCAUUUAAGUUCUAGGUUUUCAAGCAUUCUUAAGAUUCACACAUUUGUUGGUCACCAGAUCAUCUGUUUUGGGGAUGAAUAUUAAAAUGUGGGAAAGCUUGUGUUGAAUGUUUUAGGCAGAACUGAGGAGACACAUUUGAAAUGUUAGCAGAGCAUGAAUCUGUGACAUUUAACAGCAACUGAACCUCACUAUCGUGCCGGAUGUCUCUUUGCUGGGCGUGAAACAAGUAUUCCCACAUGAUGGAAAAUAUUCUAUAUGUUUACUACAUUAAUGUUGGAUGUACAUUUUUGCAGCUGUAGGGUAUCAAGCAUACUCACAUCACAUCAUGUCCUCCUGUAAGACAUGGUCCUGGUUUGGGAAUCAUUCGGAAAUAUUCACAAAUUCACUUUAUCGGAUGCCAUAUGAUGUUGAAAUUGAAAAUGAUGUAAACGUCAUUGCCAUUUGAUUUUCUAUAUAUAUAUAUCUAUAUAUAUUUAAAUUCUGUAUAUAGUGACCCUCUCAGAUUUUUGCUGUUUCAUUGUUUCCAUAUUGCAUUAUAUUACAUGUCUCAGCCUUGCUUGAAUAGAAUGUUGGCUAAUUCAUGUAUAAUUAUAUUUUCAGACUGUUAAAAAUGAAGACAAUAAAUCUUUAAUCACCAAAUAACUUUCAUAGUGUGAUUGUCCAACAGAAAAGUAUGAAUAAUCAAAUCCAAGAGACAAUCAGCACACGCAUAUGAAUAAAUGUGAUCUGAAGCAGUAAUGU